UGGUAUGACCGUACCAUGUUGGGCAGGGGCGUUGCAUUCCCGAAAGCAAGGCUCCCACAUCGUGGCCCAUAGCUGGGUGUGGGGCUGCUUUGGGACUCGCGGUGUGAAGCAGGCGUCCUUUCCGUUCUGACCACAGCCUGGAUGGAUGAGCUCGGAGUAUGGCACACAAAUCUUUAUCGGGCGCUCGUGGGGGGGGCAAUCAUGGCUUUUGCAUAGUGAAGACGGCGAAGGGGGCUCGAAUUUGGCAGGUGGCAUGGGACUUGUCCUAAAAGGGUUAGGUGUUUGUUUCUGUGACGUUUCCCUGAUCCCAACUGCUCGUCUGUUGGGAGGAAUGGCAAAAGGACCGUCAUCUGGAGCCCUAUCAUAGCAAGCGGCAUGCCAAGAGGACUGCCAUCCGAUGCCCACAACAGCAAGCGGUGCACACACGGUUUUUGGGUUGUAUUUUGAAAGUUGCCCUCGUCAGUUCGUGGAGCUCCAGCUAUAAGCAGCAGAUUGGCAAUUGGAGGACUUCUCUUUGAGGCUUGUGAGAGAAUGUCAGUGUCCCAUCGAGGAGGUACUCCUACAAAGAAGCGCAAGAUGAGUGACAGAGGGGCCAUCCUGUGUCCCUCCUUGUCAAAGUGGGUGGAGAAGGAUGAGGUUGCAAAGCGUGAGAAGCAGCUCUUGUAUUCUGUACGGACAAUUCUUUGUCGUCCAGAAUUGCUUGAUGUCACAUUUGUAUGCAAACAUGGAAGAGAGGUGCGGGCAAAUAGAGCAUUUUUAGCAAGUGGGAGCGAGUACUUCCUUAAACUUCUGUACGGGGAUAUGAAGGAGAGCUCGAUGGACAGAAUCCCUCUCCCUGAUGCGACCGCAGGCAGUCUUCAGAUUGUGAUCGGUUAUCUGCAUGGUCAUGACUUCAUGUGGAAUCACAGUUGCCUUGAUGAAAUGGUGGAGGUGUACUGCCUGGCAGCGCAGUACCAGGUAGAUCUCCUCUGCCAGAGGAUCUUACUCAUGGUCCAAAGUCUCAUUUAUGCAUGUGAAUUUGGAUGUCUGCUAAAUGCGGCGAUCCCAAGGCAUGCCGAGGAAUUGUUGAAGGUUGCAGUCAAAGUAAUGAACAAAGUUUUGGUAUUCGAUUCGACGUCAUUCAAGGGGUGGAGCAAAGAGAGCAUCGAAUACUGCCUUGAGAACGUGCAAUUCCAUCCUAAUGUCACUGAGACGAUGGUGGCUGAGGCUGUUCUCUCUGCAGCAUCCAACAACGGCAGUGUUGCUGAUGAGGGAGAAAUUUCACAGGAUCAAACUGUGGUAGACGGUUCCAAAGCGGAAGGGUCUGGUGACUCUGUUAGCGUAAAGAUACCAAGUUGUUCAGAAGCCUCAGGUGAGAAAGACUGCGAUAGAGACACAUGUGGCUCACUGUCAAGCGAGGACUUGCGUGAAAUAUUCGAAUGUCACAUCAACCUUGCAUUUGUAGAUCCCCUCUUUAUGGGAACGAGGAUUGAGCCGCUGCAAAUCCUGCGGCACCAGGUAAUCACUGCAGCUUACAAAGCGCAGUCCAUUCUUCUCUCAAGAGGAUUGCCAGUGCAAUCUAUUUGGAAUCCUUUCACAGUACCAUGGCGUUCUCUAAGUCCCAGGGUGUCAUUUGCACCAGUGAAAUCACCCGGAGGUGAAAUUGGUAAUGGUUAUGCUGACGUCUCAGUCCCGUCUUUAUGGAGCCAUGAUCCCCUAUCCAACUUCGUAAUUUCAGAGCAGCUACCACAGCAAGUGCAGUGCAUAAACAAAGCAAAUGUGUCCCAUGCAAUACUACGGUUACCCCUUCAAUGUGGAUUGCAUAUAUGGAGGGUCAGGAGUCCAACAUUGGGCAAUCGUUUUGGUGCGGGUGUUGUUUCGUCAACUGAACUAGACAUGUUUGGUGCACGGAGAGUGAACAAGAGUUGGCUCUUAUACGGUCACUUGAAAUUGGAGAAGCCCACUGUCAUGCCCAAUCUAUGGCCAAAGCCACAAGAUUUUCUUUCUGUGUGUCCAAUGAAACGGUUUAGUGAAUCUGGGGACGCUGUGUUUGUGAUAUUGGACAUGACUAAGAAAUCACUGACUUUUGCCAACAGACUAAAAGACUACCUCGAUGCAAACGGAACAUAUCCUGCUGCCGCCACCGAUCUGCCAUGCCAUGAGCCACUGUACCCGGCUGUGCAUAUGCAGGAACCUGGUUCUGUUGAGAUAGAAUGGAUUCAAAGUUCUCCCCGCGAACAGUCAUUCCGCCCAAUCUACCGGCUGCCAUCAGAGGGAGACAGCCACAGAGGAUCGUUGAGAUGCCUUGCAAUCUGCCGAUUGUUGGCUCACUGCUGCAGCCAAGCUCCAAUAUGCACAGAACACUUGCAGCUUCAGAAGAGAACAGGGAGAGAGAGAGACGCCUGGUGUACUCAGCCGGCUAUGGUGGGUGGAGUUCCUUGGUCGAGCAGCAGUGAGCAGGCAUAUGAGAGCAAAGGAUUGGAGGAGGAGGAGAAGUGGAAGCACGACACCAACAGUGGGAUCGGCCUCGCAGCAGACAAGAACUUGGGAACCCAUUGGUGACAGGCGCGUAUAAGUAGCCUGGAUCUAGAGGAGAAGGGGCGAGUGGGAGGCAGGGAAUCGGUUUGGCUGGUUUUCUGUGGUGGGUGGGUGCUGUUUUUUUGUGGUGGGUGGGUGCUGUUUUUUUGUGGUGGGUGGGGUGCUGCCGCUGGUGUAUACCGCAGGGAGCGUGUUCGGUGCAGGUGGCGGGCAUGUGUGGACAGGAUCCUAGAGAAGUAAGCAUAUCUUGAAAUGCUCACUUUUUUCUGAGUUGGAAACGGAGAAUGGAUUGUUGCACUGAAGACGGGGGUGAGACGGGGCAGAGGAGCCAAGAAGAAGUGAGCAAUUGCAAGACCUGGCUUGGAGUGUCAUCUUGGAGAGACAACGUCCAUGCAACUGAUAGCAGGUUUGCCAACAUUCAUUGCAUCGAUUGAAGAGUGGAACUUCUGUACUCGGUCAUUCGCGGUGCUGACGUAGAGCAGACGUAUCCCCAUCGGACUCCAUGCCGAUGGCGUAAGCCUCUAAGAUUCAGCGAGGAUAGAGGGUCUAACUCCAUUCAAUUGUAUGGAGCAGAUUGAGUGUGGUGAAAUGGUUUCACCCAGUUUGCAUGGCAAUUGCAGAUCCCAGGGCUCGAUCCCUAGACCUAAACCCUACCCUCUGCACAGUGCACGUUGACCCCGUGUGCUUCGAGCCCGCGACCUGUCCUUAAAAGUCGUAUGUUGUGUUGUAGGUGUCUCUAAAAGUCGUAUGUUGUGUUGUAGGUGAAAGUAGGUCACGUGGUUUUGAACCGUAGGCCUUUGUUUUCGCCAUCUUAGGGUCAGUCCUAAGUCCUAGCCCUACCAAUCUCGAAGAGUCAGUCCUACGUAGCCUAUGUAGGAGUACGUAGGACUUUCUAGAACAGUCUAAGUUGGCCCUUCGAGGCUGUAGGAGUCAGUUGCUGUAGUUGAGUCAGCAAAGUAGGGUCAGACCUAGUCCAGUCAGGAUUACCCAGUCCCGAGUCCCAGUCUACUUCGUCCAGUCAGCAAGUACCAGGUGGGACAGCACAAUCCUUGGGCCUGGGCUUCGAAGGCAGGCCAGACCAUUGAUGAAACAGUAUAAAUAAAGAGGCAUCGCCCAG